AUGAGGUUGUCGACGCUACGAACGGCGGAGAAGUUCGUAGCCAAUCGAAAGGCCUUCUUCGGCCAACGUUACGACUUUUUCAGAAGUGCGGGGCCGCAUUUUGCGGCUGGCACUGCGACGUUGGCAAUAGUGACGACAUUUAUUUAGUAGGUUUUUGGAUUUUAUUGAAUUAGUCGUUUUAGGAUUAAAAAUGAAUGUUAAGCUUAGACGUUCGAAUAUUAAGCUAAAAAUUGAAUUUUAGGCUGAGGAAAUGAACUUUAGGCUUAAAAAUCAACGUAUGGGCUAAAAUUGGAUUUAGGCUUAGAAAAUGAAUUUUAGGCUUAGAAAGUGAAUUUGUAGGCUUAAAAAUGAAUUUUAGGUUUAGAAAACGAAUUUUACGCUUAGAAAAUGAGUUUUAGUCUUAAAACUAAACCUUAGGUCUAAAAAAUGAAUUAUAGGUUUAAAAAUGAAUUUUAGGCUUAGAAAAUGAACUUAGGAUUAAAAAUAAAUUUUAGGUUUAAAAACGAAUUUUAGGCUUAGAAAAUGAAUUUUAGGUUUAAGAAUUAAUUUUAGGCUUAAAAACGAAUUUUAGGCUUAGAAAAUGAAUUUUAGGUUUAAGAAUUAAUUUUAGGCUUAAAAACGAAGGCUAGGAUUAGAAAAUGAAAUUCAGCUAGAUAAACUAAUUUUUUUAGUUUUUUCGCCUUCCCCACACCAGACAUACGCCACGACAUGCAGUACUUUUUCUCUUCGAACUACCGUAAGUACGUGGACUCGAAGGGACUGAUCGACCCACACAGACAACAACGCCUCGAGAACGAGAUCCAGGGCUUCUACGUGAGGAAUACCAAGGCCAAACAGAAGCGAAUGCUACACGAAAUCGAACACGAAGUGUUUUUGCACGCCAAGUAA